AUGUCAGCUCCAGCCAACUUAUACCCUGGUUUAAAUGAUUUAGCUGAUAUCUUUGAAGAAAUCCCCAUAGAAAUAAUUAAAUAUCUUACCUUAUUACAUGAAAUUGAUGCAAAAUGUACGAACGUAUUACCCACUUUGUCUAGUUCAAUAGAUAAACUUCUAGAUAAUGAUAAUAAGGAUAAACCAACAUUAAUGGAAAUAAAUACUUUAUUGGAAGAACUCAUGCCUUCAUUGGAAGAAAAAAUGCAUGUUUCUUCGUUGAUGUGUGAACUAAUAAACACACUGGAUAAGAGAUUAGAAUUGGCAUACGAGGUUGCUAUCAGAAAUGAAGAGAUUCCAAGUAGUGUUAGAUUGGGUCUAGAUAACCAUCCUGCUAUGCAUCUGCAUCAUGAAUUGAUUCAAUCUUUGAAUAAACCAUCUCAUUCUCAUAGAAAUACAAGAUCUACACAGAAUACUAGAAGUGAAGCUAAGAAAGAAACACAGUCAAAUAAUAAUAAUAAAAAGGAAAAACAAUCUUCAUCACAAGAUAAUAAUAAAAGAGGUACAACAAAUACUUCUUCUUCCAAUAUUUCAAAUAACAACAAUAGUAGUCAUAACACUGGUAGUGCCUCUGCCACGACAUCUUCAAAACGGAGAUCAAAUAAUAGUAACAGUAAUAGUCACAGUAAUGGCAGUAGUAAUGCUAAUUCCUCCACAUCAAGACAACAAAAAGGCAAUUCCAGGAAUAAUUCUAAAUCAACAAACGAUGUAGCAACGCCCACACUAAGGGUCAAUGAAUAUGGGGAACCUGUCUAUUGUUACUGUAAUCAAGUAGCAUAUGGUGAAAUGGUUGGAUGUGAUGGAGAAAACUGUGAGUUGGAAUGGUUCCAUUUACCAUGCAUAGGUUUGACCACAUUGCCUAAGGGUAAAUGGUAUUGUGAUACAUGUAAAGCCAAAGUACGCCAAUCACAUUGA